AUGGAGGACCAAAGAGACAUUUCUGAUAAACAAUUUCUUUACUCUCCUCCCCAGAAUCUUAAUAUUCCAUCCCCUUAUCAUGUUAAUGAUAUCGAAAAUCCGGAUUCAAGUUUAUCAAAUUCAGAAAACACAAAUCAGAGACAAAUCUACAUUGAAACAUCUUCUAAUGAUUUAAGUAUGGAAGAAUCCUCAGAAAAUACUGAAAUUAAUCCUUAUUUUGAGAAAGAUGAUCCUGAUAUUUUGGCCAAAGUUUCUAAAUAUCAACAAAAUGACUACUAUCAAGAUUACAGUGCUGUUGAACAUGAUUUUCCACAGUACAUGAAAGGAAAAUAUAACCCUUCAGAAUCAAUCCCUUUUUAUCAACAACCUGAAUUAUUGCACAUUGCCUCUUCUGGUAAUUACAAUGAAUCCGUUGAUGACAAGACCUCGAAUGCAGUAAUUUGUUUAAUUUGCCUCUUAUCCAUUCUUUUUGCUCCAAUCGGCCUUAUUUUCCUAUGCAUAUUCAAAAAGAACAAGAAGAUUUUCUCUCCUCUCAGACCAUGCGUUGUGAUUGGUUUCGGUAUAGUGGUUUUCAUUAUUUUUGUUAUUAUUUCCGGCAGCUAUAUAUAUGACCCGCAUAGCCACUGA